AUGGUGUCUAUUUUUGUCCUCACAUCCAUGGCUAUCUUGGGAAUUACCACCAUUUUGGGGAUCUUCACAAACUGUGUCAUUGUGUCAGUAAAUCUUGUGGAAAAAAUUAAAGGCAAGAGCCUUGGCUCUUCUGACCUAAUUUUAGUUACACUUGGUCUAUCCAACAUCACAUUCCAAUUUGUCAUGACGAUCAACGACUUUCUGAGCCUUCUGUGGAGUGAACUGUACUAUUCAGAUGAAGUGUAUGCCACUUUUAAUGCCUUAUUAUUUUUUCCUAUAUAUGCCAGUUUCUGGUUCACAGUCUGUCUUUGUGUUUACUACUGCUUACAAAUAGUUAUAUUCACCAACCCCUUCUUAUUAUGCCUUAAAUCAAAAAUCCCCAAGUUGGUUCCAUGUUUCCUUGUGGCUGCAAUUCUUACUUCUGUGGUUAUUAGUGUUCCAGCUAUAUGGAGCACAUACAGAGAAGUUCCCAGUGAGGAUGUACCUUUCAAUAUGAGUUUGGAAAACAAUGUACCAAAAUUGAGCAUUACCUACUUGCUCCCCACCAACAUUAUUGGCUGCUCAAUCCCCUUAAUUCUUGUGGGUAUUUCAAACAGUCUAAUUCUUAAAUCACUUGGAACCAACAGUAAGAACCUUGAGAAGAUUACAAGCAACAACAGUAGUGCACGAACUGGGGCAAGAGAAAGAGCUGCCAGGACUGUUGGCUGGCUCCUAGUGCUCUAUCUAGCAUUCUACAUCUCAGAAAUCAUGAUGUUUGUGGAUCUCUUUCCUCCAAGUAGCAUUGGAUUUUGUAUUUGUUUGAUGGUCAUCUACAUCUACUCUCCGGCACAGUCUGUCAUUCUCAUUCUGGGAAGUCCUAAACUAAGGAAAGCAAUGCAAAGUUUUCUCAAACUUUUACAACAUUGGGACAAUAAGACAAUUGAUAAUCCGAAGAUUAUUUUUGUUAACCUCCAAGUUCACAAAGGCUGCCAUUGCACAAGUAUAAAGAAACCAACAUAUUUUCCCACAGUCUCACUUUCAGCUUCAAUCAGGUUAAUUGUGACUCUGGAAUCUGAACAUUUACAGCACUAUAUCAUCUGGAAUGUGACUACAAGACCACCACUCGAUGAUUCCAUAAUCCGGAGUAAUUACACAAAAAAUGAUCCACAAGGGGCAGACUUUUUGCAACCAUAUGUGUUGUUGGCUGUACAUCUACAUAAACCAUCACUGUUUGUAAUUGCUAUGAUCCACCUAAUAUAUCAGUAUCACCAGGACAUUCUAUUCCGGAAAAUUCUAAAAUAUGCAAGUUGCAAGAUAGAAGAGAAGAAAGUGAAGAAUCUGAUCAAAGACAAACAUUGUCCUCAUUUGCUGAUCCUGAAAGCAGAAUCAAAAGGGGGAGUCAGCUGGCUUCAAAAAUGCCUAUCCGAAGAACUUACCGCCUCGGACGAGGCUCCAGGAUCAUCUUCUUUGGUCUUCAGAGCAGCCUUAUGCGCUAGCCCGGAAAGGAUUGAUCUCUCCGAUGUCACUGGCACACACAUGCGCAGUGACAGCCAAAAGGAAUCUUCAAAACGGAGUCGCCAGGAGCCAAAAUACUACUCUCCUUCGCUUCCACCUGAAAAGAAGAAAAAAACUGACAAGAAAAGGAGUAACCCGCCUCAUAAUCCUUCAAUUGAGGAGGUCGACGAUCCGGAGCUGUUAACAGUUCCCAACGAGCCACCAACAGUUUUGCCUAGCGACAAGGCUUUCUUUGCAGCUUUGCGGAUCAGUGAAUAUACGGCUGCAAAGAAACAAAGCAUAUCACCUAUUAAUAUUACCGACUUGGUCAUCGAAGAUUUGGAUAAUUGGGAACCACAUCGUUAA